AUGGCGGACGAGGAGGUGAAUGCGCAGACGCUCGUGGUCGCUGCGCCAGAGGCAGGGUCGAACAAGGGCGCUCUCAUCCAGACGGUCAAGCGGACAAGCGGUCUCCAGGCGCCCAUCAUGUGCUUGCGGGGCCACGGUGCAGAGGUGUUGGACUUGGCGUUCUCGCCUGACGGCGACACCCUUGCGAGCGCUUCGGCGGACAAGACCAUCUUGUUGUGGAGGGUCUACGGCGAGUGCCAAAACUACGGCGUCCUGCGACUCGGCAAGGGCGCGCCAACCUCGAUCGCCUUCACCUCCUCCUCGACCCUCGUCGCCGGCUGCACCGACCACACUCUCUUCCUGUUCGACUUGAAGACUGGCGAAGCGAUACGACGAUUCCGAGGACACAAGGGGAUCGUCAACUCGGUGGAUGUGCAGCGGGGAGGAGUUGGGCGGGGACUGAUUGCGAGUGCAAGCGAUGAUGGGACGGUGCGGGUGUGGAGCGAGGAUGCGAAGGAGGAGAUCGAGGUGGUCGAGCUGGGAUACCCUAUCACGGCAGUAAAAUGGUCGGAAGACGGCCAAUCUCUUUUCAUCGGCGGCCUCGACAACGACAUCCACGUCUUCUCCCUCACCUCGCACGCCAUCUCGUACACCCUCCGCGCACACCAAGACACCGUGACCUCGCUCGCCCUCUCGCCCAACAACUCGCAGCUCCUCUCGUGCGCGAUGGACUCGACCCUCCACCUCCGGUCCGUCCAGCCCUUCGCGCCGACUAUCAACACCACCAACCCGACUCUGCACCCGCGGUUGGUGCGGAGCUUCUAUGGCGCGCCGGCGGGCUUCGAGCAGCUGCUGAGAAAGGCGAGCUUUAGUCGGCACCCGACGAGCGAGGGGCAGAGCGGGACGAUGGUUGCGGCGGGAGGGGCGGACAGGGCGUUGACGGUGUGGGACACGAUGACGGGCGAGAUCCGGUACAAGCUUCCUGGCCACACCGGCACCGUCAUUUCGACAGCGUGGUCGCCGAAGGAGCCUAUACUGGCGUCGGGCGGCGUGGAGGGUGUCGUCUACCUCGGCGAAGUCGAUGCAGUGUAG